AAGUGCAUUCCUGUCAUUCGUUGAGCUCUGAGGCUGGACAUAUAUUUUUUGCCAACUAAAGGAAAAUUUUAAUAAACAUAAUGGUUGAAGAAAGCAAUCCCCCGGAAAAUGUUGACAAAAGUGAGACAGAGCAGGCUCCUGCUCAAAACGAACCUGUAAAAGUUUUUACAGUUGAGAUUUUGCAUAUGAUUAAGGAGGCCCAGCAACAACAUGGCUUGCGUCACGGCGACUUUCAACGUUACCGGGGAUACUGUACGAGAAGAAUUCGUCGUUUGCGUAAAGCACUUAAGUUUCCCCAGGGCGAUAAAAGGCACUUUAAGCGACGUGACGUUACUUUGGGACAAUUGACAGGAAAGCGAGCAGAUGAACGUUUUAUUCAUAUUCCAUUGAUAAGUGCCGAACGGGCUUGGGCUUAUGCGAUGCAGCUUAAGCAGGAAUCAAAUACCGAGCCUCGUAAACGGUUUCAUUUAGUCAGUAAAUUGAGAAAGGCUUGUUCUUAUGCUCUGCAAUUGCAGGAAUUGUGCAAUUCUGAAGCUUUCGAUGCUCGUACAAAAUUGGAAUGUGAAGCUUAUGUAUCAUGGAUGCAUGGAACUUUGCACUUUGAACUGCAACUGUGGAAAACUGCUGGAGAACAUUUGAAACGUGCUCAAGUUGUCUAUGAAAAUUUAACAAAGGCAUUGCCUGAAGAUGAACAGGAGUUGUACCGUGCCAAGGUGAACGAAUUUACACCUAAUUUGCGCUACUGUGCUUACUACAUAAGUGGUGGCCAUGCCGCUGGCGGUAAUAUGGAUGAUUUAUUAGAGUUCCGUGCACAAGGUUUGCUUGAAAAUCUUGAUGAUCUGGUCAAUAAGACUAAAACGGAAAGCAGUGAAGGUCUACAAACUAUUGAAUGGCGUGGACGUAAAGUAACUGUUCGCCCCGAAAAGGUUCGUCUAUUUUUACUAAGCGCUCAAGAAUUAGACAAGGGUCUUGAGAAGACUUCAAAGGUGGAGUCGAAGAUAGAAUUAAUCGAACGUACUUUAAUGGACUGCAAAGAUGCCAUACAAGCUGUGAAGGAGGAAAUUAAGCAGGAUCCCAAAUUGCGUUCUUUAACUACAGGCCAAACUGUGUCAGGAGUUCAGUACCUUUUGGCGUAUCUGUCAUACAUUCGCCACAGUCGUACUUUACAGCGUAAUUUGUGUUUGGUCGAUCAAGCUAAGGCAAACUUUGAUGAUCCAAAUCAAAAAACUGAAGUCAAUUAUGUCGAAGGAAAACGUGUGCGUCCUCAGGACUUAACUCGUUUGUAUGAGAUCAUAUUGCAAAAUGUAACUGAAAUGCAGCAAAUUAACGGCAUGGAAGACGAUUCGGUUUACCAAGCCGAGGUAGAAAACUUAUCUUUGACAUUUAAGGCAUUCCGCUGUUACUAUAUUGCACUAACACUUAUCGAUAUGAAGAAAUGGAAGGAAGCUGUGGCCCUGUAUGAACGUUCCUCAAAUUAUGCGAAUGAAGCCCUAAAGAACAAACCAAGCGCUGAAUUCAAUAUGGCAAACGAGCUAAAGAAACUAAUUUCAAUUAUAGAUAGCUGCAAGUUUUCAGCUCAUGCCUACAGUGUUCUCGAAGAUGACAAUUCGGAUGAUCCUAUUUUUACAUCAAAAUCACAAAAAUCAUCUAAACCUCUGUUUGAACGUCUAUCCCAAUACAAAGAGGAUCAAUCACUGCACACAAAGAACCCUAACGUAUUUAAGAUGACACCUGAAAUGGAGGCAAUUCCCUGUAAACCACUAUUCUUUGAUUUAGCACUUAAUUAUGUCGAGUUUCCAUCAUUGGAAGAUAAACUACAAUCGCCUGGAAAGAAAGGUAUAUCUGGAUUCGUUAAAGGAUUCCUUGGCUGGGGUGGAAACAAGUAAAAUUCGUAAUUUCUUAAUGUUUUAUUACUAUUUUAUAAUUUGUUAAUACUAAAACCAUUAUUAUUCCAAAAGAUUAUUCGCUGUAUUCAAAUAAAAUAUUUUAGAACACUUUUUUUCAUUCUGAAUACUGCUAGAAAUUGACAUAGAAAUGUGCUUGGUGAAAAAUAAAUUUUACAACAUAUUCAAAAUCAGAAGAACUAUGUAUGAUUUUGUUGUAUUAAAUUAUUUUAUCAGUAAGAGAUAUUUUAUAAUUUUUUUAUUAAACUUAAAUCAAAUUUAUCAAUAUCUUGUACUAUGUAUUUCCAUAUUUCUAAUACACGGACACUCUGUUGCCUUAAACGAA